AAUAAAACCCGAAUCAUGAAAAAUCUACUGGCAGCAUGAAAUGUAAAUUAACAGAAAUAGAACUGAACAUGAAAUUAAAUGUCGACAUCAUUUGAUUAAAUUAAAGGAAAUCUGGAAAACAAAUAUAAAGGAAAGGAAGCAAUCCGAUUACAAAGAAAUAUUACUGAAGGCAGCGAAACUCACCAUUACAAAUUCGACAAAAGAAGAACUGAAUUGCUAAACUAAUCUAGGCAAAAAUUGCAGAUGUCAUCUCUCUUGACCCAUUGUUUGUUUCUUCACCAUUGUCCCAUCUGUGAGAAUUGAGAUAGUGAUAUGCGUUGAGCCUUGAAGCUUCCCUUGUUAAAUCACAGCUUUCAAAUGCAUUGCCUUUGACUUGGAUUUUCUGCAACUUUUUGGAAUCAAACAAAGAAGAAGAUGAUGGGUGUGAACUCCCGUUCCUCCUCCUCUCAUUGUCCUUCUCCUUCACGCUUUAGCUCACCAAGAGUUAUUGAUAAUGGGGGUUUCCAAAACAUACUAAAUGUAUCACCUAGAUCAUCUUCGCAGUCAAAUCCCUUGCGGUGUUUGUCCUGGCCUCUUCCAACUUUCCUCUUUUGUGUUCUCCCUGUUGGAGAUCUUAGAUCUAAGAAAUUGUUAAGAAGUCAGAAGAUGUUACUGUUCUUCACAACUCCACGCUUGGACAGGUCAUUAGCUGAUCAAGCUUCCUUGUAUCCUGAUUCCUGUAAAAGAAUUGGAUAUGGCUCCAUAGAAUCUGUUCCUUCCAACAUGUCAUCAGAGAAGUCAUCUCUGGAACUAAGAAAGGAGAUUGCCACCCUUGAGUUAGAAAUCUUGCAUUUGGAGCGUUAUCUUCUCUCCUUGUACCGGACAGCUUUUGAAGAGCACCUACCAAUCUUAUCAAAUACUUCUGGAAGUCCUUUAAAAUGUAUGUCAGAGUCAUCAUUGUCUAUGGAAGCAAAUCGGUUGCACCACAACUUGCAGGCACCGGUGGAGAUACUGGUACAUCAUGAUAAACCCUCCCCUUCCCAUGAGUCAUCCAUUUCUGAUAGCCAGAGUUGUUCCUCCAGUUUUAAUAAGGCAAAAUCCAUAAGGGAGCAAAAAAAUCCUUAUUCUCGCCAUCAGAGUCUCGCUGAUCACCUUGGUGCCUCUCUUGUAGACAACAAAUUCUACACCCCUGAUAAACUUUCUGAAGACAUUGUGAGAUGCAUAUCUUCUAUUUACUGCAAGUUUGCAAGUGUCCCACGUGCUAAUGCAGGCUUGCCAGCUUCUCCUAUUUCUUCAUUGUCCUCCUCAAGUAUAUUUUCGUCUAAGAAUCCUUGUGACAGUUGGAGUCCACUUUGCAAUGAGGAAGAAGCAGCAAAUAAUCAUGGGUUGAAAGAAGAGAGUGGACUGCAUGCCGCAGCAAUUGAGGUUCUGAAAAUAUGUCUAGAUGAUGAUAGUUUCAAUUUUGCUGCUGUCAUGCUACAAAAUUUCAGGUCUUUGGUCCGGAAUCUCGAGAAGGUUGACCCCAGGAAGAUGAAACGUGAAGAGAAGCUAGCAUUCUGGAUCAAUAUUCACAAUGCCUUGGUGAUGCAUGCAUACUUGGCAUAUGGAACUACAAAUCAUGUAAAGACUACCUCCCUUAUGAAGGCAGCAUACAAUGUGGGUGGACAAUACAUAAAUGCAUACAUUAUACAAACCUCAAUUUUAGGGAUUCGGUCACAUUACUCAGCACCGUGGCUGCAAACACUAUUUUCUCCUGGAAGGAAGUCAAAGACAGCAAGCUACAAACAUGAAUAUGCCUUUGAGUAUCCUGAGCCGCUUGUCCAUUUUGCACUUUGUUCAGGGACAUUCUCUGAUCCCAUGGUUCGAGUUUACACAUCAAAGAACAUAUUUAAGGAUCUCAAGGUUGCCAAAGAAGAGUUCAUUCAAGCUAGUGUCUACAUUCACAAGGAGACAAAGAUUUACCUACCUAAAAUUGUUUACUACUAUGCAAAGGACAUGUCACUGGAUGUGUGUGAUACAUUGGAGGUAGUAAGCGAAUGCCUCCCAGAAGUCCAACAGAAAGCAAUCCAGAAAUGCAUGAAGGGAAGGCCUGACAGGCACAUCCAUUGGUUACCUCAGAGUACAAACUUUCGGUAUGUCUUCCAAGGAGAACUGGCUGAACAAAGACUAAAUGCCUGAUAGUGAUAGGAUGGAUAUUACUAUAUUCCAUUAUUCUUUAAGCAAAAUAAAGUUGAAAUUAUAUAUGUAUGUGAGCUGUAUAGAACUACUAGAAAGAAAAGAGUUUGAGGAUAUGGUGUUGGUUUGUCAUUUGUACAGUGAUUUUUAGGGCUAAUCAUAAAGAAUCUGGUGUUUAUGAUGAUUUAUUUGUAGGGAAAGAGAAGAAAUUUUUUUUAAAAAAUUUUUUAAUAAAAAUUUAAAUUUUUU